GGAUAAAGACAUGGCUGGGGGCUGGGGCUAGAGAAGGACAACUUCAAGGCCAGUCCUGACCUUUGCUCCUCCUCAAUAUCUGCCUUAGAGUCUGAGAUGGGUAGCAGUACUGCUUGCUCCCAUUGUGGCUGCAGCUAUGUCCAGGGUCCUGAAGGAAGUGCCAUCUUAGGGCCAGAGAAGGCAUUAUGCUCACUGUCCUCUCCUCACAGGGACCAAGGACACUUGUCAGGAAGAUGAGGUGCAAAGAGAAGAGAAUCUCUGGAACUCCGUACAGCAGGCCUGGGGACCUGAAGGAGAGAUGGGGAUCCCUCCCACUCUCCAUGAAGAUACUCCACAAGCAGCUGCUUUGGGCUUAAGGAGUCUCUUUCUUGGGCGUCUCCUGGAACCCUGGCCUCUGGGCAGGUCGGGUAGCGGGCACAGUGAACGGCCUAUGAGCGCCGCUGCGAUUGGCUCACCGAGACUUGGAGAGAGGGCGCGCCGCGUCCCCGGGGCUCUGGGAGUGGGAACUGACCCGUGGGGCCAGGCCACUGCACGGCUUGGAUCCGCACGCUCGCGCAGUCGGGACCUACCAGCUAAGCUGUGAUUCCGUCCUCCAGCCCCUAGAGGGCGAAGCGGCGCCGCGGCCCCGGUCGCCCUGAGCUCCCUCCCACCGCCAGAAGGCGGCGCUCUUGGACGCUGGGCGGCCGCGCUGUACCCACCGUCGAGGCUGCGUGCGUGAGUUCCUUCGAGAGCUCUGGCCAGACCUCUCGGUCUUCACAGUUGACCGCACCGAGCCCCAGGGGUGCAUGGAGUCCUGCUAGAGCAUCUUCAACCCAGUUCCUGGAUGAGCUGAAGUCGCCUUUUACUCCAAGGCCCAGCACCUCACUCACUUGCCCAGAGCAGGCCCACUCUUCCCGGGAAGUGAUGGAAGGGCCUGUUGAGGAUGGGGAUGUAUCUCUAGACUCCCAGGCCCUGGCCACCGACUGGAGGUUUGCUGUAUGCAGCUUCAGAGAUGCAUGGGAAGAGGAAGAACCUGCUCCCCCGAUACAGGUUAAGGACCCCAGUCCUGCAAGACCAGCAACAGGGGCAGUGGAAGACAAAGGGCUUCAGGGAAGCCCCUUGUUCCGGGAUCUUCAGUCACUUCCAGAACCAAGAGCUGCAGAUGGGUCAGGGGACAGCCAAAGGAUCACAUUAGAAAGCUCCUCAGCCCAAUCACAGGAGCCUGCCCUCUCUAUAGUGGAGAACCUCUUAUAUCCCAUGUCCUCCCACCUCAGCCUGGCACAGGGUGAGAAUUCCAAACUAGAGGGAGGUUUGAUAGGGGACCCAGGUGCAGGCAGGGCAUUGCCAGCUGGCUUUGGCCCUGAGGGGUUGGACAGCAACCCUGUGGACCUUGGAGACCCUUUAUCAGAGUCAUCAUCAAAUCUACCAGAGGCAGACCCCAGUGGAUCCAGCUUCCUUAAGCCUGCUGACUGCCUCCUGGCCCAAGACCUCACCUGGGAGCUGCUGGCCAGUGGCAUGGCUGCCUUACCAGGGACUCAUGAUGUAGAAGGCCGGGCAGUGCUGCUUCUGUGUGCCCACAGCCCAGCUUGGUCUCAUCCCAAGUGCAACAGCCAUGAACUUCUGAGCCUUUUGCUGUACCUACGUGGCAUCCCCAGGCCCGAAGUACAGGCACUGGGACUGACCAUACUAGUUGAUGCCAGAAUUUGUUCCCCAAGCUCUUCCCUCUUCUAUGGUCUUAGCCAACUGCAAGAAGCAGCCCCAGGGUCUGUGCAACAGGUGCUGCUAGUUGGAAACAUGCCAGAGGAGAUGCCCACAAGGCUUCAGCUCAAACAGCUGCCCUCUCAUCAGAGCCUACUGACCCACAUUCCCACCUCAGAGUUGCCCACUUCGCUAGGAGGAUGCCUGCCUUACUGCCACCAAACCUGGCUGGAUUUCCGGAUGCGUCUGGAAACCCUACAACAGCAUUGCCAGGUGGUUUGUACCCUGCUCCAGAAGGCCAUUGACAGUGUGAAGGCUGUGCCUCAGCCCAUGGAGUCUGGAGAAGCUGGUCAGAUGCUACAGCAGGCACAUUUCCUCAUGCAGCAGGUGUUAGAUUCACCACAGCUGGCCUGGCUACAGAGUCAGGGAAGCCUAGAGCUGGUGAGGUUGAAGCAAGGAAUAUCAGAGAGCCCUGAUUACAGGUCUGCAGUGGAUAAGGCUGAUGAACUGUAUGGCCAAGUGGAUGGACUGCUGCACCAGCUGACCCUGCAGAGCAACCAGCAAGUAGAGACCCUAGAACUGCUCCAAACUCUGGAAGCCCAGGAAGGUGGACUACACCAGAUUGAAGUGUGGCUACAGGAGGUGGGCUGGCCAGCACUGGAAGAGCCAAAGGAACCCUCACUGGACAUGCUGCUCCAGGCCCAAGGCUCCUUUCAAGAGCUGGACCAGGUUGCCCAGGAGCAGAUCAGGCAAGGGGAGAAGUUUCUGCAGCCACUGGUUGGCUGGGAGGCUGCUGAACUGGGUCCCCAUGGGAAGCGGUUUUUGGCCCUGAGAACCCAGCUGACAGAAUUCUCCAAGGCUUUGGCCCAGCGGCGCCAGCGAUUGGCAGAUGCUGAGAAGCUGUUUCAGUUCUUCAAGCAGGCUUCAACAUGGGCUGAGGAGGGGCAGCGGGUACUGACAGAACUGGAGCAGGAGUGCCCAGGGGUUGUACAGCAGCGGCUGCAGCUGCACUGGACUAGGCACCCAGAUUUACCUCCUGCCCACUUCCGGAAAAUGUGGGCUCUGGCCACAGGCUUGGGUUCAGAAGGCAUCCGCCAGGAAUGUCGUUGGGCCUGGGCACAGUGCCAGGACACCUGGUUGGCCCUGGACCAGAAGCUAGAGACUACACUGAAGCCACCACCACCAAACACAGCUACCUUGUGUGUCAGCCGGGCCCCUGCCGUACCCACCGUCCCUCCAAUGAGAAAGGCCCACAGCGUUGAUCGGAAUCUGGGGCAUCUUGGUGAGAUUGCCCAUCGCAGCCACUGUGCUGCCAUCAUUGCUGACUGCCACAGACCCAAGGUUGGAGGAGGUGCCCAGCCCAGGUCAUCCUUUUCUAUGCCUCUGCCAGGCAGCUCUGACCUCAGGAGCCCCAACAGGCUACAGCUGGUAUUGGCAGAGAUGGUGGCCACAGAGCGUGAGUAUGUCCGAGCCCUUGACUAUACCAUGGAGAAUUACUUCCCCGAGCUAGAUCGACCUGAUGUGCCCCAGGGCCUUCGUGGCCAGAGUGCCCAGCUCUUUGGCAACCUUGAGAAACUUCGGGACUUCCACUGCCAUUUCUUCCUGCGUGAGCUAGAGGCUUGCACCCGGCAUCCACCCCGAGUGGCUUAUGCCUUCCUGCGCCACAGGGUGCAGUUUGGGAUGUAUGCGCUCUACAGCAAGAACAAACCUCGCUCUGAUUCCCUGAUGAGCAGCUAUGGUCACACCUUCUUCAAGAACAAGCAGCAAGCACUGGGAGACCACCUGGACUUGGCCUCCUACUUGCUAAAGCCCAUCCAGCGCAUGAGCAAAUAUGCCUUACUGCUGCAGGAGCUGACAAGGGCCUGUGGGGGCCCAGCACAAGAGCUGGGUGCCCUACAGGCAGCCCAGAGCCUUGUGCACUUUCAGUUGCGACAUGGCAAUGACCUCCUAGCCAUGGAUGCCAUCCAGGGCUGUGAUGUUAACCUCAAAGAACAGGGGCAGUUGGUAAGACAAGAUGAGUUCACAGUGCGUGCUGGGCGCCACAAAUCCCUUCGUCGUGUUUUCCUGUUUGAGGAGCUGCUGCUUUUCAGCAAGCCUCGCCGUGGGCCUGCAGGUGUUGACAUAUUUACCUACAAGCAUUCCUUUAAGAUGGCAGACCUUGGCCUCACUGAGUCCUGUGGGGAAAGCAAACUGCGCUUCGAGAUCUGGUUCCGUCGUCGCAAGGCCAGGGACACUUUUGUGCUGCAGGCCUCCAACUUGGCCACCAAACAGGCCUGGACAGCUGAUAUCUCCUGCCUGCUUUGGAGGCAGGCUGUCCACAACAAGGAGGUGCGCAUGGCUGAGAUGGCAUCCAUGGGCAUGGGAAACAAGGCCUUCUGGGACAUUGCUCCUAGUGAAGAAGCUAUCAAUGACCGAAACAUCAACUAUGUACUAAAGAGCCGAGAAAUUCGCUCUCGGGCCUCCAUCGCUGUUGCCUCAUUUGACUGUGACAACCCCUAUCUGGGGGCCAUGGGCUCCCUUCCUGGAGAUCGUGCCUCUUGCUCUGUUCUGGGGUCUCUCAAUCUGCACCUGUACAAAGACCCAGCUCUUCAGGGUGUUCGCUGGCCAUUGUAUCCACCCAACUUCCCAGAGGAAGCAGCACUGGAGGCUGAGACGGAGUUGGGCAGCCAGCCCUCUUUGACUCCUGAGGAUUCAGAGGUUUCAUCCCAGUGCCCAUCAGCCAGUGGCUCCAGCGGCUCUGAUAGCAGCCGUGUGUCAGGGCAGGUCCUGGGCAGAGGCCUUGAGGACAUGUCCUAUGUCUGAGCCCAAGUUCAAAGGUGAACAGUGGAUCCAGCAACCAGUAAUUCCAUGGAACAUCGCACCUCUGGAUCUGCCGUAACCAGUGCAUGGCUGGCACCUGGGCCACCCUUCAUACCUAACAUGUGAAGCCUUGUUGACUACCCUUCCUGUAACCAUCAACUGACUGACCUGGGUCCUCUCCAGGGAAGUCUGGCUACAGAGUGUAAACAAAGUCCUUAAUCCCAAGCCUCUAGGAUUCUUCUGUCUCCUCUCCAGCCAGUGCCCCAGUUUAUAAAUUAAGGAAAGGCUAGGACAGAAGUUGGGUAUUUCCAAACUCUAGGCUGGUAAGGCAGCAUGGAAGUCUCAGAGGUCCUGAGGGACACAGGUGGGUUCCCAGCAGCUGCUUCUCAACCCCUGGCCUUAAUGCUGAACUCUCCAAACACAGAGGACAGUCUGUUUCUAUAGGGUCUUUAUCCUUGCCUGCCUUGGUUCCUUAGCUCCAGUCCCUUGUUUUCUGGGCCAGUUGGUCAUUUUGACUCGAUGCUUUUUGAACAGUUUUCGGUUAGAGUUGUUUACUAUUGUUUAACUGGUCAUUUGGACAUUGUCUUCUUAGAGAAGAAGUCUAGGCCUUCAUCUUUUGAUUUAACAUUUUAUUUGUUUAUAAUAAAAAACAG